CUUCUUUUCCAAAUAACAAAUCCAUGGCCACUACAGUCACAUUAACAUCACCCUGCGAUGCCAACCUUUCCCGGAGCUUGGCAUACGCAGGUGAAAAUACCCAUAUCCGUGAUGCCUCGUUUUCUUCUUACCUCAGUAGCACGGAAGAGACUUUCAUACUGAAACUUGCUGAGAUGACUCGGAAUCCAUCUCCCACCAUUGCUGGAGCAGAAGAACCGCCGUCUCAUUACCAAAUAAGCUUAGGAAGAAAGAAUAAGAGGGAUGGUGAAAUCAGUGUAUUCGGUGCUGAAAGAUACUUCAAUGGCGGAAUGGAUGAUGACACACCACGAAUUGUCGAGAAGAUUGCAGCGAAGGAGCAGCAUCAGAGAGAUGAGCGUCCCGAUCUCCAAUUCGUUAAACGCAAAAUCAAGUACGGCACUCCGAGUACGUGUUCAGAAGUGAGUGGAAACAGCCAGAGUGCAUUACUGCCAAGUUUCUUGAGAGACCAAUCUCCAAAUAAGCAGAACAGGUUACAAUCUAAGAGAUUUUUUGUCAAUUUCGGUUGCAAUUGCUCUUGUGCCGAUAAGAAAUCGAUCGAUGUCGAAGAAAAAGUCGGUGAAGGUAGAAUUUCGAGAAAUUGCAAGAGCAAUGUCGAUUAUGGAGGGUUUUAUGGCAAAGAGAUGAUCAUAAAGGAACCCAAUAAAACCCAUCAAGCUCCAAUUGAUCUGGUUGGAAUUCGAGUCAAACAAAACCAGUUCAAAGAAGACAUGCUCUGCGAAAAGUUCAAUAAGCUGCGUUUCUCUGUGGUGGAAAUGGAGGAAGAAGAAGAGAAGACCAGGGAAUCACUGGAUGUAUUUGGGUCUCCAAUUAGAGACCUGAAAUUGAAUCAGGAGAGAGGAUUGGAUAUGUUGCCUUGGAAUGGAAUUUCCAAAAUCAAGGACAACCCAGCAACAUCUGGCAAUUGUGGAAAUCGAAUCUACGACGACCUAGACAUGGAGAGCGAUGCGAGUUCGGAUUUGUUCGAGAUCGAGUCUCUCUCAGGAAAUACUAAUCGAUGUCUCACUCGACAGGCAUCGGAUGGCAUGUCAAGCUGCGUGACAUCAACAUAUUACGAGCCAAGCGAAGCGAGCAUCGACUGGAGCGUCGUCACCGCCAGCGCUGCAAAUUUCUCAACUGUUUCGGAUCAUGACGAGAGAGGGUCAGUUUCAUCAGCUCUUAAAAUUCCCAAUUUGAUCUCAAAUACAACCACCAACGCCGCCACCACCACCACCACCACUACCAAAACCACCAUGACCCAGACAAGAACAACCUCAACCUCAGCCAAGGAAUGGAAACCCAGUAUCUUAUCAGGUUGCAGGAACCACAAAGCAGUGAAGGUAGCAGCUGAUGCAUACAAGAUGUCUGAGAAAGGAUCAAACCCAAACACAAGGAGGCGUGGAGGCUUGUCUGAUCCUUUGGUGCCAAUCGCAAGGUUUCAAGCCGAGACCAAAGCCAUCGAUUCUGAGUCUACCAAUCAAAACUGGGGAGCUUUCACCACACGGUCACUCCCCCAAUCGAAAUUGGCACAUGCUUCACAUUUGCUUUACAUGCCUUAAGCACAUGCUGCAAUGGCUCAGGGUCAGGCCUGCGACGAAAUUUGUCUUUAGUCAUUGUAAUAAUUUAAUUUCAUGCUUUCUUCAGCUUUGUAUGUUUUGAAUUUGAUACAAAACACAGAGUAUCUGACCUGCUUGUUCAUCAAUGGAUCUGGAAUUCUUGAU